CAGUGGAACAGUGAGAUACAGUUUUAACAUUGCUUUCAAAACUCAACCAUCUAUGGGCUAAUUAUGGAUUCCUUUCACCUGUCAGGAAGCAUCAAAGAAAACUCUAAAGCUGGUGGAGGGGUUUUGGCAGAGAGUGAACAGAGACACUCCUCUGACAACAUCAAUGCUCCACUGACAAAUGAUAACACCUGCAGCUUAACCAAGGACUUCAGCUGCAUUUAUAGCAAAGAUCUACUCCCUGCACUCAGUGGUGAAGAGUCAACCAAAUGUUUCUUCCAAGAGCUGGUGAACAUUCUCCUCAACUAUGUCUCCGCUUCGUUCAGACGGAACUCCAAAGUACUCGACUUCCAUCAUCCUCAUCAACUUAAAGAAGGCCUGGAGGGCUUCCGUCUGGAACUCCCCGACCAGCCAGAGAACCUGGAGCAACUUCUGGUUGACUGCAGGGACACCUUAAAGUAUGGGAUUAAAACAGGUCACCCACGCUUCUUCAAUCAGCUGUCUUCAGGGCUGGAUGUUAUUGGCCUGGCAGGGGAAUGGCUGACAUCUACCGCCAACACGAACAUGUUUACUUAUGAAGUAUCCCCUGUGUUUAUUCUGAUGGAGGAGGUUCUACUAAGAAAAAUGCAGGAGAUUGUGGGUUGGUCUGAGGAAAUGGGUGAUGGCAUCUUCUGUCCAGGAGGGACCAUAUCCAAUCUGUACAGUGUACAUCUGGCCAGAUACUAUUUCUUCCCCGAAGUGAAGACCAAAGGCAUGACUGAUCUGCCGAGGCUCACACUUUUCACCUCAGCACAUAGUCAUUAUUCAGUCAAGAAAUCUGCAGCUGUCCUUGGAAUAGGGAGUGAAAACGUUGUGGUGGUGAAAUGUGAUGAUCGGGGAAGGAUGAUUCCUGCAGAACUGGAGUACAGUAUAAUAACUGCCAAAGAUAAGGGUUGUGUCCCGAUCUACGUCAAUGCCACCGCAGGUACCACCGUCUACGGUGCUUUUGAUCCUAUCAGGGUCAUUGCAGACAUCUGUGAGCGCCACAGACUUUGGCUACAUGUUGAUGCAGCCUGGGGUGGUGGACUGUUGAUGUCCAAGAGGCACCGGAUGAAACUAGAAGGCAUUGAACGAGCCUGGUCUGUGACUUGGAACCCUCAUAAAAUGAUGGGUGCUCCACUGCAAUGCUCAGCCAUACUGGUGAAAAAAAAGGGCCUCUUGCAAGAAUGCAAUCAGCUGUGUGCAGAAUACCUCUUCCAGACUGACAAGCACUAUGACACAUCCUACGACACUGGAGACAAGACCAUCCAGUGUGGCAGACACGUCGACGUCUUCAAGCUCUGGCUCAUGUGGAAGGCCAAGGGUUUAGAAGGCUUUGGAUCACAGGUCAAUAAAUGUUUGGAAAAUGCGGAGUACUUGUUCAACAAAAUCAAACAAAGGCCAGACUUUGAACUCGUCUUCAAUAGCAAGCCGGAACACAGCAACGUGUGUUUCUGGUACAUCCCACCCAGCCUGAGAAACAUGCCGCCAGGUCCUGAAAGGAACAGGAGACUACAUGAGGUUGCACCUAAGAUCAAAGCCCAGAUGAUGGAGAAUGGAAUGACCAUGAUUGGCUAUCAGCCACUGGGAGAUAAAGUGAAUUUCUUCAGAUGUGUCAUCUCCAACCCUGCAACACAGACAGAGGAUGUGGACUUCUUGUUGGAAGAGAUUGCUCGUAUCGGUCAAGACAUUAAAUUACAAUUGACUGAGACAAAUUAAUGAAUUAGGAAUGGGGCAAAUCAGGUUAAAGACCUAUGAAUCACAUUUUCUCUCAGAUCAAAUAUAAUAACUGUAAAAAAAACAAUC